AUGGCUUCGCCCGGUUUACCUCUCAUCACGACGCUUCCCGCCGAACUCAGCAUGCUCAGCCUGCAAUCCAUCAGAGAUAUUGCCCUCACAGUACAACGUCCAGGAAUGGCCUCCACCGAGUCUGCGACUGUCUCGAAACUUCUAGCGCUCCCUGCAGAGCUUGGCAACGCAAUCUACCGCUACACACUCUGCGACGACAACAACAUCACCCUCACUCGUUACAACUACAAGCUCCCAGCACUUCUUCACGCAUGCACGCGAACUCGCAAAGAGGCUAGCGCCACCUACGACAUCGAGAACACAUUCGACAUCGACACGCCAGGCUUCGACCCAACAGUCAUGCUGCGUUUUGAACGCGAUGCGCAACAGCUCGUGGAUCUCGACGAUAUCACGUACUACACCGGAAGUGAUGCAUCAUCCGGGUACUACUGGGACAACCUGCGGCGCUGGCUCAAGGCCUUUUUGACGGCAAGGCGACUGGUCUCGAGGAUAGUGAAACGCGGCCGGGGUGCCCCUACUCCAUCGCGGCAAAGGCGUUCAAGAUUGUAG